AUGGCCUACGUGAACGAGGAGGUUGGUCAGAGUUCGCGGCGCAGCGCGGGAUAUGAAGACUGGUUGGACAGUCGGUUUGACGCGAAGUCUUUGGUGGGAGAGUUGAGCGCGUAUUUGCCUGCUCCGGCGUCUCGUCCGCAGGAGGUGGAGAGAGUGAUGUUGCCUCCUUCGUGUCUGCGGAGCGAAAUGUAUGGCGAUGAGUACUUUCGGGCGCCUGCGGAGUUGCACGUGGGUGGGUUCAAGAGCGAAGUGGCGGUGCGGCGAGCGCGCGCGGAUGCGAGCGUGCUGGGAAGUCGAGUGCUGAAGUUAGGUCGAGUGGCUCCGGAGGUCAGUUAUGAGGAGGUGGUGGGUUGGUAUGAGCGCGAGUUGAGUUACUGUGAUGCGCAGUCUGUGGACUUGUUGGACGGGAAUGUGUAUCUUUGCUUUGAGUCUGAGGAGGAUGCGCAGCUGGUUUACGAGUACCUCCGGACCGAGAUUGUGGUGUUUAGCACGCGUCGCGCUGACGCUAUGUUCGGGAGUGAUGAUGAGGAGGAUGGAGCGCUGAGUAUCCUGGGCGUGAGUCUCUGCUUCAACCCACAGGAGAUCGCGGUGGCUGUGGCCAACAAGAUUUUACUUGUCACCGUCAAUGAAGUUGUCAACCCCGUCACCAUGUCCAUGCUCGUCAGACUCUUUUCCCUCUACGGAGCUAUAGAGAAGAUUAUAACCUUCACAAAAUCAGGUACAAACACGUACCAGGCAUUGAUUCAAUAUGGGACCAAAACCGAGGCACGAGAUGCGUUGCUCUCGCUGGAAGGUAAAAUGUUGUACGCUAAUAGUAACCGCCUGGAGAUUGUGUACAGCAAGUUAUCCGAGUUAAACAUUCAACAUAAUAAUACCAAAGCCUGGGACUUCACUGUUCAACAACAAUCCAACAACGGUACGGUCGGUGCCAACAUGCUCUCAGCUGGUUACAGCGACAUACUGGGCAUGCCCAAACUGCCGAAGGAGAUCAAGGAGUGGAAGAACAACGUACCGGUAAUGACCAACGGAGGGUCUGUAUUGAUUGUUUACCAUUUAAGCACUCAAAAUAUUGAUGACAUCUUUAACAUCUUUUCUCUGUAUGGAGUCGUGACUCGCAUAAAGAUUCUGAGAGAGAAACCUGAUACAGCAUUGGUACAGUUUUCUGAUUGUGUAUAUGCUUCGCUGGCAAGGUAUUUCCUAAAUUUGAUUGCUCUUUGGACGGAACCCAUACAAAUCGGAUUAAGCAAAAUUACAGAGGUCAAAAUGCCCAGCGGUGGCGCCUCCGUCGAUGACGAUUGUCUAAAGAGUAAAGCCUACUCUCAGUCUGAUCAAAGGUUCUGCGAACCCGUCAAAUUCGCCAAGUCAGCAUGUUUCCCUACUAAUACCAUCUUCAUUGCCUCCAUCGCCGACGAGACCCCACACAAAAGGAUCAUUGAUCUCGUCAGCAGCAUUGGACCAGUCAAUGAAUAUGAAAUACGCCUGCCCUAUCCAGGAGGACCCAAAAAGACGCAUAUGUUAGUUGAAUAUCCCAGCGCAGACCUUGCCAUCAGAGCUAUAGCUACUCUACAUAACCAAGAACUCAAUGGAAGCCAGAUCAAGAUCGCGUUCUCCAAGGUUAGACUUACCAAAAAGAAAAAGUAG